AUGGCCCCCUACCCCAGAACCCCCAGAACCCCCAGAAAUACCAAGAAAGACCGUCCCUCCCCUCUCUUCCCUCUCCACCCCCGCCCCUGGUUCUGGCCUCCUCUCAGAACCGGACCCGGUCCCCGAACUCCCGCUCCUCGCCCUCGCCGUCCUGCGCCCAGGGCUCCGCCUAAUACGCCUGCGCCUGAUUCGCCUUUGCCUGGGUCGCCUGCUCCUGGUUCGCCUGCUCCUGAGGCCGCUCCCGCUCCUGCGACUGCGAUUGCUGAGGAUGCUCCUGCCUUGGGUGAGGGUCAAGGUCAGGGUCAAGGCCAGGGUGAGGAUGAGACACCGGGUGAGGGUGAGAGGCUUCUUAAAAGUUUAAGAAGCGGCGGGAAAAAAGUCACUGGGCUAGCCCACUACCUUUUCACUGCGUUUGGACAAGACAUUCCAUCUGAUAUCAAGGUUGAUAUCAAAGACAAGCACAAGCACCUUGGGGGGGAAGACAAACGGAGCAAAGUUGCUCGGUUGGCAAUCGCUGGCACUGGCAAGGCCUCCUUUGGUUUCAUGGCUAGUCAUUAUAUCCACGUUGACUUGGUGGUAAUGCUGGAUUGA